AUGCGCAUCUUUGUACUCUUACUCUACUUGUGUUCUGUUACAGUAUACGGAAAAGUGAGUACGGUAGCCCUGCCUAAUCUGAUUUCAAGUUAUUUCUGAAUUGAAAAGUCAAUUAAAGGUUGUAAUUAAAUUGGGUUCCCUUUUCAAGGAGAAUAUAUUUUUGGCAUUUUUUCAGCUCGAUGCAUCAGACUCCCAUGUUUUGGUCGAUUGGCAUAACUUGAUCCCCCGGGCAGUUGUUUGUCGCCAUUUUCAAUUAGAUUAUUAUCCCCCAGUAGGAUCUCCUCCAUCUCAUUCUUUAUUCUCCAACCAAGUAUUAAAUGUUACCAUUCAAAAGACGUUACCAGCCGCUGAAUAUUACGUUAAUGUAACUGCUCUGAUAGAGCCUGGAUACAAGUCGUUGUUGCUCAGUAAUUUGUAUAUAUCAAGUGAGUUAUUUUGCUUUACCAAACAUCAUUUCAUAGCGCCUCCAAGACCGGUGUUGGAGUACCUGAAGCCGGAUUCGGACGGCGUUACUUUUGCCAUUUUAUCGCCGAGAAAGGCGGAUAUCUCUUAUUAUGUGGAAUACAACGAGGCCGGGGAUUUGGAGCAAGCCAGCUAUGUGGAGACGAAGCAAACUGCCCUCAGGAUAAGAGGACUGUCCCCCAAUUCGAACUACCAACUCCGGGUUUAUUCCAUUUUCCGAGGAACUCCAUCGACCGAAUCGCUGACGGUCGAUUUUAAAACCAAAGGUAAAUAAAGGUGUUUGACUUUGUGAGGAGCGAAUUAACUCUGUUCUUUACAGAACUCCCGUCUCGCUCUAAUGAAAACAAACACCGCCGGCCUGUAAAACCAUUUCAAUACACACAGCCACAAAGCACUGUAAGUAACAGAUAGUAUCUUCAGUCCGUCGGGAAAAUAAUGUGGAUUUGUCGCAGAAAAGCUGUCGCAGUCGCGCAAGAAAUCUUCUGCCACAAAGCGAUGAUGAGUGAUUUCAAGAAGCAACGAAUCCACAUUAUUUUCUCGGCAGACUAAAGUAAUGAGAAUGAAAUCAUCUUCCGUUUGGUUAGAGUAUUAAAAAAUGAGCUGCUUUAAAGACGAAAAUAGGAGUUCGAAGUGCCAGAAAAUUUAUUAACAAAUGAAAAAAUAGGGAUAGGGAUUAUUAUAGGUCACGCAAUCGCCUUAUGUGCCGUAUCCAGAGUAUUCGCCGCAAAUCAGCCUUCCCCCUUAUCUCCCUCAACUCGCUCAAUCACAAUACCCUCAGCCAACGCCAUUGAAUAGAUAUCAAAGUGUAAAUCAGCUUGCUCAGAAUACGCCAUCUUAUUAUUACAUGAACAUGACAACAACCCCUCUAUCUAUUGAUUAUCAUCCUGUUACGCAACAAUCACCAAGCCCUCCAGAAUCAUUUGUUUUACCAUCUGCGAAUGGAGGAGGGUAUGAGAAUCCUCCUAUCGAAAAUUCUGGGAUUUUGAUUCCCGCUCCCAAGAAGUCUGAUAAUGGGAAUCGGGAUAUUCAAAAACCGUCAGCAAUAUAUGGGAGUAUUCAAGAUGGAAGUCAAGACAAGCCGGUGUUCAAUGUAAUUCCUACUUUUCCUAAUCGUUGGCCAGAUCUCGCAGUCUCGAUGCCAGAAGUUCCAGUUUCUCUUCCGCCUCCGGCAAUGAACACCAAUAAUAACGAUGUCAUAAGUAACGCUAAUAGUAAUGACAACGUAAUAUUUCCCGUUUACGCAACAGCGUUUGUUGAAACAACAAACACCACAGUUCCAAUUGAAAAUCCAACCGUAGAGACAACAACUCCAAUGAUAUCGGAAAUGUUUACAGAAUCCACGACUCAAGGAAUAACUCCAACGGAAACGAAUGCAAUCGAUAACCCUGAAGUUACAAUGGACAAAGUUGCUGAAGCAAAUGAAUUUGUUGAGUAUACAACACCAACAGAAGUAUCGCCGACCGAGAGACCAGUAUUAAUUGUGGAUGAUCCAGAAGAUUUGGGAUAUUCGGAUCCAAAGAAGAAGAUCAGUGAAAAAGAGAAGGACAAAGACGAGUUGGUUGUUGUAAAUGGAGAUGUUGAAACAUCGGAAGAUCAGAAAAACCAGAAGGAGCCCAAGCUCAAGGUCGAUGACGAUGAAAAAAAAGAUUUGACGGAAGCAGAAGAUGAUAAGAUUACUGUAACGCGGGAGCAUCAAAAGAUCCGAUUGGAUUGGAGUAUACCGGAGACUGUCUUCUGCGAUAAUUACUUGAUUAACACUACAGUAAUUACAUUGAAGAAUCCCAAAAGUUUUACAGUUGUAUCUCCAAAUACAAAUAGUUACAUAAAAAUGUAUAAUGGCCAUGUUGUGCUGGUCAAGGUGUCUUGUAUGCUGGAGAAUUCGAUCUCAAAUGUUUGGGCCGCUCAAAGAUACGUCGAUUUUAGAAGUGAGUUUGGAGAAGAGGGCACAGUUUUGAACUUGAUUACUUUGUAAUUUUAGGGCCAGAUCCAGUGAAAGGUCUCCAUGUUCGAGAUGUAGCCACCGACGAGUUUUAUGUAGCCUCGGUGAUAUUAGAGAUCGAGGAACCCUCUCAACUAGCUGAUAAAUAUGACAUCGUCAUAUCUUGGGGAUUGGGAAAGGCAAGCCAAUAUUAAAAUUACUUAAAUAUCGACCCUUUAGAAAGUAAUCAGCACAAACAAGAUGAUAUUUACCGGUCAAUACAUCUUCAACAUCAGUAGUUUGGAGCCGGCCCGACUGUAUACAUUCUCCGUGAGGAAUGUCUCGAGAGAUACGCAAGUUGAGAGUGCUCCGAUCGGGAUAAGACAAAUAACCGGUAAUAUUACAUGAUACGAGGAUAAUACUCAUUAGUUCUUGAAAUAAUUUUUUUACCUAAAUUAUUACCUUAUAUUUCAGCCCCAAUAAUCACGUCGACUUUAUAUCCGGGCCAAAUCUCGUCUUAUGCGAUCAAUGUAAAUUACGAUGAAACUGCUUCGGAGCAUCUUUUUGAAGGAUACGAACUUGUUUUCAUUGGGAAUACAAAGAAUAUCACCAAGAAGUUGUCAAAAAAAGAUCCAAAGACAUUCACUUUCAACAAAUUGAUACCCGGGAAGACUUACACUUUUAUUUUAUACACAGUUUAUAAAAAUGUGAGGAGUCGUCCGGUAGUGCAAGACAUCACAACAUGUAAGUUAAUCAAAUUUAUUAGAACUUUUUCUACGUUCAAAAAUUUUAUUAAUUUCUCAGAUCCCCUGAAAGUCCGUAAGUUUUAUGCGAUGGUGGGGCCCGGUUACGCAACUCUGGCUUGGGAAGUAGAGAACGUCGCAAACAAUGACUGUCAAUUCAGAUUGGAGUAAGUCAUGCAUCUGUUGCAGUAAUCACAUCAUCUUCAGAUAUGCUUCGACCUCCAACAGUGGGAUUCAGAAGUCACAGAAGGUUAAACUUCAAGACGUAAAUAUGUACAGGUUCACGGGAUUACAAUUCGAUACAUAUUACACAUUUACAAUUACUGUUUUAAUGGGAAAAGGGGAAGCUGUGGCAGAAUCCGAGUCAGAAAUGAUUACCGUUGGAUUCAAAUCAAGACGUAAGUUAAAAUAAUGGGAAUUUUGUAUUGCUUUAGCCACAUCAUUCCCAACUCUGAAACGUCAAGGGAGUCGGGAAAUGUUGCUGACUUUUGAAAAUGACCCCAGGCUAUUUGCUGAUACAAAUGGUGUUGUUGACAACUUUGCUGUCAUUGUUACACAGGAUCCGGAGGUAAUUUACUAACAUUGUGUAAAUGAGUCGUUUUGCAUCUCAAAUCGUGUUCUUUCCAGCUCGGCGGAGAUAAUUACGAGCUCAGAUCUUACUAUGACAUAAAGGACGAAGACGUUUGGCCGGCCUACCGUACCUCUCACUCCAACUACAAUCCCUUCAGACGUCAUGGCUCUUCUCGAGUGGCCUCGUUUGUUAUCGGUGAGGAAGAUUGUGAUCGGCGGAAGUUAAAUGAAACUGUAAGUUUUAUAAAAAUCGACUGGUAUGAUUACAGUACUGUAAUGGUGUGCUUCGAUCUCAUGUGGACUACUUCGUGAAAGUACGGGCUUAUCUAGUGACCAACAUCGCUAUGGAGACCGAAUGGGUAUCAGUGAAGGGCUUGGUAGAUGACACCCCACACGAAAGUAAGUCGAUGCGGGAGAUCGCCUUAGGGCGUCGUAAAGGGAUUAAGCGUGACUGCCAGAAGCUGUGUCAUCAGGUGAUCUUAUACCGUAUUCUGUGGAAAUGAUAGAUGAAAUCUUUUUCAAUCUAAACCCGAUAAGAUAUGUACAUUUGUUAAUACUAAAACUUUUUAAUGUUAAUGUUUAAAAAAUACUACAUUUCCGACUUUAGAAGGUCAACGUCGACUUCCCUGCUACAUGUAUCUAAAUGGCUGCUCCAAAUCAAGUGCCAAUUCUAAUAAAAUAACGUUCGCGCUCAGAUCUCUUCCCUUCGUUUUGCUCAUAAUAUUUUUAUUUUAA